AUGUCUGCCUACUCCCCGGCCCGGAACGGGGCAAAUGAGAAGGGAAUCGAAUCUGUGAGGCCCGAGACAACUCUAGAGAGAUCCGAGACGGUUCAGAUCAACGGCUCGCGAUUCCCGGCACCGAGGCCACUUCCUACUGCCGCUACUUCGCUCCCCAUCGGCGCGUUCGCCACGACGCUGACGACGCUCUCGCUCAGCUUGAUGGAGUGGCGAGGGGUCACGACGACCAACGUCUACAUUGCGAACUUCUUCUUCCUUGCCGCGUUCGGGCUCCUCAUCUCCGCGCAGUGGGAGCUCACCGCCGGCAACGGCUUCGGGUACAGCGUCUUCAGCGCUUUUGGUCUGUUCUACGCGGGCUACGGGGCCAUCUUGACGCCCUCCUUCGGGGUGGCUGCGGCCUACGGCGACGACAUCCAGCAGUACAACAACGCCCUGGGACUUUUCAUGAUCAUCUGGAGCGUCUUCGUCCUCGCGUACUUGGUGGCAUCUCUGCCCACGAACGUCGUUUACAUCCUGAUCUUCGUCUUCGUGGAGCUCGCCUUCGUCGCCGUUGCCGCUAGUUACUUCGCCGCGGCAGACGGCAAGCAGGCAGCCUCGACGGGGCUCAAGAAGGCCGGCGGUGCUUUUGCCUUUCUUGCGGGGCUUGUCGGGUGGUACUUGACUUUCCACCUGCUGCUGAAGGACUCGGUUGUGGAGUUGCCUCUGGGAGACACGUCGCAGUACUUCCCCAAGACGAGGAAAAGGCAAGAAUGA